GCGAAUAAGCUGAAGACGAAGACGGUGCGGAACACUCUGAACCCCAUGUGGAACGAGACUCUGACCUACUGUGGCAUCACACUCGAGGACAUGUACCGCAAGACACUCAGGGUGUCGGUGUGUGACGAGGACAAGCUGACCCAUAACGAGUUCAUCGGGGAGACAAGGAUAGCCCUGCGCAGGGUCAAGCCCAACCAGCCCAAACACUUCAACAUCUGUCUGGAACACCCGCCGCCACUUCCCUCACCUACCGCCAUGAGCGUGGCCAUGAGAGGGAUCUCCUGUUAUCUGAGAGAGUGGGAGACGGAGCAGCAGAGGAGUCUGGAGGAGCGCGGCCGCCUGCUGCUCUGCCUGCAGUUCCUGCUCCCCUCCACGCCAGCAGAGGGCGACGAGCCCAAGAAGGAGGCCAAGGACCGCGCCAAGGGCGGCCUCUGCGUAGGGGUGCGCCGCUGUGCCCACCUGGCCGCUAUGGAUGUCAACGGUUUCUCCGACCCCUACGUCAAAACGUACCUCAAACCAGACCUGAAGAAGAAAUCCAAACACAAAACAGCCGUCAUCAAAAAGACUCUCAACCCAGAGUUUAAUGAGGAGUUCUUCUACGAGAUCACGUUUACGGAGCUGACUACCAAAACCCUGGAGGUCACGGUAUGGGAUUACGACUUGGGCAAGAGCAACGACUUCAUUGGAGGCGUGUCCUUGGGCUGUCACUCACAGGGCGAGGCCCUCCAGCAUUGGGUAGACUGUCUGAAGAACAAGGGCCAGAAGGUGGAGCGAUGGCACACGCUGACCAAUGAGCUUCCGGGAUCCGCCGCGCAGGAGUGAAAUGAGGCGGGGCUUACUUGGCCUCCUCAACAGGCGGCUCUGAUGUAUGUAUGCUGCCAAGUUUGAUUGGUGAAUGGCCGCUGUCAGUCAUGUGCUGACAAACGGGAACCACUGAGAUCAACACAUUUAAGAGACACAGUCACCUGAUGGCAUGAGUUUCACCCCAGGGAGAACAGACAGAGUUCCUGUCCACUUCACAACCCUGUGUUAUUUUGGCCAUUUUUCCUCCAGUUUGUUUUGCUCAUUUGGAUUUUAGUGUCAUGUUGUUCAGCACACAAGCACAUGAGCACAGAGUGGGGACAGGACACAGACAGGCAUACAAUAACAAUAACAACUUCUCUAAU